GUGACAUGGGAGAGGACGAGACGGUGGAGCAUGUGAUGCUGGAGUGUGUGAAGUAUGCCAGAGACAGAAAUGAGAUGAUGCAAGUGGUGCUGAGGGAACUGGGGGAUGCCAGGAUGAAAAAGACUGGGAAGGAAUGGAUGCUGUUGCUGCUGGGACUGUGUGGAGACACGAGUGAAAGGAUGAUAGAAGCUGUCAAGGAGUUCCUGGAGAGAAUAUGGAGUGCCAGAUGCAGGGAUUAGUAGUAUUAAGGAUAGUGUCUGGUUUAGGUUCUUGCCGCCUUUUCUUCUUUUUAUCCCCUAUAGGAGCUGCCAAUACUAAGGCCUGCCUCAGGAGAAAUCCUGGGACACCUGUAGAAUCAAGAUCAAGAUCAAAGAGGUUCCCGCGUUUUCCAGCCAGCAGUGUAUGAGUAUUUCGCCUUUUCUAGCCAUCACUUAUCCACCAACUGUAUCAGGUAUCCGGGGUAACGAGGUCGCCGACACCACCGCCAAGAUGGCCCUAUCAGAAGUAAACAUUACCCACUUCCCUCUGCCACUCUCCACAGCUAAGCACCUCAUAUCACGAGUAUGCCACUCUACCUCUGACUCCACCCUUGCCACUGGCCUCUGCGUCACCUCCUUGGGCCAAUAUCGCCACAAUUCCUCGCUGCAUCCGUGGGUGAGGCAACAGUCCCGCGCCUUAGAUGUAGUGCUUACCCGUCUCCGCCUGGGCCACACCACACUCAACGCACACCUGCACCGCCUCCGCCUGGCGCCAGAUCCCGACUACCCCUGGUGCAGGUCCGUCCCAGAGACCAUAGAACAUUUCUUACUACAGUGUCCCCACUUCUAUUCCCAACGCGUUCUGCUACGAGCACAACUUAUCGCUCUCGGAGUUUCCACUCUUGACCUGCCCACUCUUCUGGCAGCGGCGGGUGUCCACCCCACAAAACAACAUGCCGUUCUACGCCUGACCUGUGUCUUCGUGAAGAAGAUGGGACAACUGUCACGCCUGUGAGCAUCUCACAGGAAUCGCCAGGGCUCAUAGGGCCCCUUCAGGGGAACCUGGCAGCCCUCAACAACAACAACAACAACUGUCAUCGUGGGUCACACUGCUGUAUGUUGAUUCCACCCACUUCUGAAGUUCUCACAUAUAUUCUGUGCAGAGUGUGUGUGUUCAGUAUAUGAGUUGCUAAUGCCAAAUUAUCCAUCCAUAUCAAGGAACAUCCAUACCUGCAUUCACUUUGAUGACAAGGUGUUAGGUCAAGGUGCUGUGUUAUAUCCUGUGUUUUUCGAUGACCCAACGCCUUUGUGCUGUACAAAGUGAUAAUGUGCUUAGCAUAAACAUCUCUGUUAUACGUUGUGAUAUCUAGGAAGACUAGGUGAAGCUUGGUUCGGGAGUUAAAAUCACGAAAACAAGUGACCCAGUGUGAGAUAUAAACAAAGCCAAACCAGGUCACUGCAGUGCAUGCGGCCAAAACAAAGACAUGAAAUUCACAAUACAAUGUGAAUAAUGUAAGAGUUGGGUGCAUUACACAUGCAGUGCACUACCACUAUACCUGUUGUGCCUUGCUCACACUCACCAGAAGUACGCGUGUGAGAAGUGCAGCUUCCAUAAAUAUGCUGAUCCAGACUGGACAGCGGAGAUUGAGGCUAUAAACAGAACGAAAAGGGAGCAGGAUGCACAACCAACCCAUAUCACACAGUAUCCAUCACCUUCUACAACAGUUAAGACUCCAACAUCAGAUUGCACAACACACCAAACAGCCACACGGACUGACCAUACACAGGAUGGCCUAGGCAACACCACAGAGGAUAUUGACCUGAGCCUGGUACAACACACACAGGAACACUUUACACCAACCACAGAAUCUGUAAGUACCACAGAAGGGACCCAAGGUAGCAAUCAUCUCAAAUCAACCAGCACAGAACAACAAGUGGACGAUCUUUGUCCAGCCACUACAAACCCACAACGAACAUGCAGGUUUUAUAGACGAAGGUGCUGCAAGUAUGGCUUCAAUGGGAAGGACUGUAAAUUCAACCAUCUCAGACCCUGUCAGAAAUACAUUAACCAUGGCCACAGAAGUGAUUGGGACAUCAAACUGGUAAAUGAAUGUCCAAAUUAUCACCGUGUUAUGUCGAAAAGCCCUUCAGAAACAAGAAUGUAUUACUAAGGAUUGCAAGUUUACCCACAUAAGAGGAACUAAACGACAGAAGACAGUAAGACAAAACUCUGUUGACACAGAACGUGAUAACCCCAGUAGAAUGAAUGUACAGGCAGCUCCUCAAAACCAUUUAAAUGUGGAACUCAAUGGCAAUUUUUUUAUAGAUGUUCCUCGAGCUGAAAUCACACAUAACAAAUAUAAACAAAGUUGUGGAAGCUCAGGUACUUGCACUGUAAAACCUAACCAAGUCACCAACACAGCAGAGCCACCCCGCACAAGUAGUUACUUCCGGCAGCAGUGACUCCCAUGAAUCUAGCCUGGGCCUGACCAAGGCUUGGGGUUUGCUAGUGGAGAGACAUUUAGUGGGCAAUAUUCAAGAACUGUACCCAAAGACUAACCAAAGCAAGCUUCCAUUUCUUAGGGAACUAUCCAGCAAGGAGGACUUCAUGAUUAUUGCCCUUACUGAAACCCACCUAUCAGCAGGUGUCAAGGAAGCAGAAAUCAAUAUCCCCAACUACACCUCAUUCCGAACAGACAGGAAAGCAAGAACCCAUGGGGGAACAAUAACAUACCUGAGAAACGACAUUGCUUCCAAUGCAAAAAUGGUCUUGUCAUAUUCAAACAGCCAAAUAGAACUCCAGGCAAUUCAUAUACAGGUAUGCAACAUGGUUUUUGUAAACUGUUACCAACCACCCAACUGUUGCCCUAACAAUUUCAGCAGAGCCAUGGAGGCCCUAAGACAACUGCUUGACUCCCUACCAAUCCCUGCCCCUGAGAUCAUCCUCACUGGGGACUUCAACUUUCCCUUUUUAAAGUGGCCAGAGGGAAUCUUAACUGGAAGCACUUCCACUGAAAAGAGCCAAGCUAAACUGCUCCUGGACAUAAUAAACUCCUCAUUUCUGGUGCAAGUAAUAAAUUAACCUACCAGGGGUAAAAACAUUAUUGAUCUAGAAUUCACCAACAAUAGUGAUGCUAUUGAUAGCAUAUCUGCUGAAAAAAACUAUCUCUGAUCACAAUCUCCUCAGGAUAUUAAAAAACUACAGAAAAAUAAUGCUUCCUCCUACAGUAACCCGCCCCACAGAGAAGAAUCCUUUCUCCAGCCUAAACUUUUUCAGCAGCCAAGUAAACUGGGAGAGUAUAAAUGAUCAGAUGCAAAACAUAGACUGGGAGGUUGUACUCCAAGGCAUUGACUCUGAAGUUAUGCUGGACACCCUACUCACCACCAUCCUAAGGGCUUGCGAAGGAAAUGUACCUGCUAAGAAAAAAUCUACCAGAAAAGGCAUCAUUCUAAGGGAGCAGAAGAUCCUGAUUAAGAGACGGGCAACCUUAAACAAGAGAAUACAUAAGGCAACAGACAUCAGGCAGAGCUCACUACAAGCCAAAGUGUGUGAUAUUGAGAAAAAAAAUCAUAGAAUCCCAUGAAAGUCAGCGAGAAUGGGAAGAAAAUCAGGCAAUUCUUAACAUUAAAGUCAUUCCAAAGUUCUUCAAAUACUGCAAAAAAUUCUCUAGAACACAUGCAAGAGUAGGGCCACUCCAAACUGAAAGCGGAGAAAUGUCAACGAACCCCAAAGAAACAUGCCACAUUCUAUCCCGGCAAUACACAAAAGUUUUCUCAUAGUCAAACAUUGCAAAGGUAAUGCAAUACCCCAGAGAGUUUUUCAGGGAGCAAAACCAACACCUCCACCACUGCCUAGACAACAUCACCUUCACCAUCGCCGACAUACAGAAAGCCAUCAGUGAACUUAGGAUGAACUCUGCUGCUGGAUCCGAUGGCGUGCCAUCCAUCCUACUGCUAAAGUGCAAAGAGGCCCUGGCAUGCCUUCUCUAUAAAAACUGGCACUAGCAUCAUCCCAACCAUGCUAAAGGAGGCAGUAAUUUCCCCUAUCCACAAAGGGGGAGAUAGAAGCCAAGCUAAAAAUUACAGACCCAUAGCCUUCAUCCCCACCUGGUGAAAGUGUUUGAAAAAAUAAUCAGGGAUGGUAUCAUCAUCUACUUAGAGGAAAAUAAACUCAUGAACCACUCUCAACAUGGGUUUCGUAAAGGAAGAUCGUGCUUCUCCAACCUCUUGGCUCAUUAUGAAUGGCUAUUCCAAGGACUAGCUGAUGGAGGAAAUGUUGAUGUUGUGUACCUGGAUUUCACCAAAGCCUUUAACUAGGUUGACCACGGCAUCCUCCUCCAUAAGCUGAAGGCCAUGGGGAUAAUAGGGAAGCUGAGUGUGUGGCUGCACAGCUUCCUUAAACACAGGACACAGGCAAUUGCUGUUGACGGCCACAAAUCACAGCAAGAACAAGUAAUUAGUGGGGUCUCCCAAGGUUCAGUCCUCGGCCCCUUGCUCUUCCUAGUCCUCAUGUCUGACAUAGAGGAAGUGGUCAAUUGCUUUCUUAUCAUCCUUUGCCGAUGAUACCACCCUCAGUCAUAGGAUCAGGGAAGAGAGAGAUGUCGUACACCUACAAGAGAACAUCAACAAAAUAUUUGCAUGGACUGAAGCAAACAGCAUGAAGUUCAGUGAACAAAAAUUUGAACUACUGAGGCUUGGACCCAACACUGAAAUAAAAGACACCACCAAACUCUACACAGGGGGACAUCAGCAAAUCAUACCAAGCCAUGCGGUCAAGUGUCUUGGUGUCAAGAUGAGUGAUGAUGCUACUUUCCAGCAGCACAUCUCGGAGGCAGCAAACAAAGCCAGGCGGAUCGUUGGCUGGGUCCUCCACACCUUCAAAUCAAGGGAAAAGGACGUCAUGGUGGCACUGUGGAAGGUUCUUAUCCAACCAAUACUGGACUACUGCAGCUAGCUUUGGUCACCUACAAGAGCUGGACUCAGUACAAAGAACCUAUACCAGGAAAAUAAGAGACAUGAAUGAAUUAAACUACUAGCAGAAAUUACAACAACUGGGACUAUAUUCUCAAGAGAGGAGAAGAGAGCGGUACAGGGCCAUAUAUGUGUGGAAGAUACUGGAGGAGCAAGUACCUGACCCUACCACAUGCUAUUGAAAUCCAAGAAUAGCGAGCACUCAGGCUGCUCAUGUGAGAGAUGUGCUCUCCCCUCCUCUACCCCAGGAAGAGUCAAGACCCUCCUCAGCUCCAGUCUUUCACACAGUGGUCCCAGACUCUUCAAUGCCCUGCCAAAAAAUGUCAGACACAACAGGCUGCCCAGUGUCCAGAUUCAAGAAGGCACUGUACCACUUUCUACAAACACUGCCAGAUGAGCCUCCCAUCCCAGGCUACAUGGCUUACUACAGGGUAGCCUCUAACUCUGUGCCAGACCAGAUGGCUCUUCUGAAGAGGGACUUUCUGACUGGCAGCAGCGGUGGACCACCACAACUGUGAAGAAGACCCUCUUGAUCCAACUAAGUAAACUAAGUAAGUAAAUAAGUAAGUACCACACAACCACGGGAGUAUCAAGCCAGUCACGUCACCAUUACCACAACACUUAUCUGGCUCAUGCUGCUCUCUAUUCAUUUGUCAGUUUGACGGUUAAAUUGCCACAGUGCUUUUUAGUUUUUUAUGAUCCCAAUAAUAGGAAACAACUUCAAGAAGAAAACCCUAGGAUGGACAUAAGUCUGUUUACUGUCACCAGAAUUUGCCAUGCCCUAAAAAGAGAAAGAUCAAGAGCCUGGCAGCUUUUUUAAAAUGGAUGAUUACCAACAGAUUCUUCAGUUGCAGAUCUCAAGAAUGCUCCUAGACCCUGGUCAACUCUUACCUAGUAAACUGUUUUAAAAAUUACUUCACUCCCAGAUAUCUGUGGAAAAAUCCUUAGUAGACAAACGAGGAGAAUCCUAAAGCUCUUCACCAAUACAUCUGGAGCAAAAAGGUAUUGAGGCUAUCAAGUCCACCUUCAUGGCAGCCUUUGAGAGGAUUCCUGGAACCUAUUUCUUGGUGCUCAACACAGUGCACUUUGAUGGCACAUAUGAUCAAUCUCAACAGAGUGGUGAACUUUGAUACUGCCACACUAUUAACCUCAUGCCUCAUCCCAUCACUGUUCAACUGGCAGUGGUAUGCUAUUCCUUGUAGAUGGCUGAAUACUCAAGGCUUAUUAAUGGUAAGUACAAAGUUCACAUAGCAUUGCCCUGCCCCAACCAUCCAGUCAAACUGCCUGCAACUAUAAUACCAGAUGACUGGCUCAACUGGCUCCCAUGCACCCUCCAGCAGAUCCCAUUGCUCUCCAAGCCCAGUUGACAGUAGGACCCAAUACACACUAGUGAUGAGCAACACCACUUGCACCAACGUCUGCCAUAUCUCCACAGAAGCAUCCCUGCACCACCCGGAAAACACUCUUACUGGUUCUUCUGCUACUCCACACUAUUUCUACUAUGUGCAUUUUGUGGGGGACCUAGUCUGACUAUGCAGACCAAGAGAGAGAGAGAGAGAGAGAGAGAGAGAGAGAGAGAGAGAGAGAGAGAGAGAGAGAGAGAGAGAGAGAGAGAGAGAGAGAGAGAGAGAGAGAGAGAGAGAGAGAGAGAUGGCAAACUUGUUAUCAUUGCUUGCUUCAUGUUUCUCUCAGACUGUCUCUCCAUGUUGUCGGGACAGGACGCAUUCCAACUGGCAUUGGGGGAAGGGUUAGCUACUGGUCUUUGCUAUAAUCUUCAGUCUCUUGUUUUACAUGUAAAUAAUUCUGUCACAGAUAUAAAUAAAUGGAUGAAUGAAA